AUGCAAGUACCCCUGAAACUUCAACUAUUCGCGAUCAAACCGCAGCCAGCGAACACUCCGGUUAAUGGUAAAUGUGAGAAGGUUAACAAAGACGAUUUGAUCAAUGAGGACGACCGUAACCUGCACAAAAUCGUCUGUCGCCGCUGCAAAUCCGUCAUUUUCCCCGAAGACGUUGUGAUGACCGUUGACAACCAGCCGUAUCAACUGCGUGUGAUGACUCAUCAGGGCAAAGGAGCGUCGUCGUUCGAGAAGAUCAGUUGGUGGUGGUACACCGAGAGCGAUAUGGUAUUUGAUACUGUCGGAUGGCAGACAAUUGACAAGAAGAAGGUGCUGAUGUGUGGCGAUUGUGAGCUUGGACCGAUUGGAUUCCGUUCCGAGGACAAUAAGAAGUUUUGGGUGGCUGUGGAACGUGUCAAAUAUGAGAAAUCCUAA